AUGAAAGAACAUAAAAAAACUGAGAUCAGCCAAAUUGCAGCACAGAAAAAGAUUAAUGAUCAGAUAUCUACUGAUGUUCGUUGUAUUGAUAUGUGCAAAAUGCGUCAGAACGCGGCCAAUGUGUCGUUGUACAGACGUAUGCAUUUAGAGUCAGAAGAGGAAGAGAUGUUCACGAAUAUACAAAAAGCUAAAGAAGCUCAGGCCAGACAAACUGCCGAGUUGGAACAAGAGCAAAAACUUGCUCAAGUGAUGGCAGAUUUAAAGCGCCAGGAAAUUGUCGAAAUAAAAACCAAUCAGUUACUUCAAAAUAAUUCUCACGAACAUCGACAUGCAGAAAAGGAAUUACGAACGGCCUAUUUAAAAAAAGAUUUAAUGUGUCAAAUAAAUGAAAAUGAAGCUUUAAAAAAAGAAGAGAGAGUCAGAAUAUAUUAUGAUGAUUUGAAAAUGAUAGAAACGAGAAAUGAAGAAGAUAAGAAAGAAAAAGAACUACAAGCCCGACAAAAUGAACUCAAGUUAGAUUAUAAGAAGGCGAUCACAGAACAAAUGCAGGAAAACACCACCAAAAAACAACAAGUGUUAUUACAAAAGAACAGUCCUUUUGUGUUUUUUGAAGCAACCGGAAGUAGUGAAGUACAAAAAAAUAAUGUUAAAAAGAAUUGUCCUCAGAAAGAACUAGAAGAAUAUAGAAAAAUUAAAAGUGAGCUAAAGGAAAUUGAACGCAAAGAAUCCGAUAAAACAAAUAACCGUAUAGAAGAGUAUGUGAUAGAAAUUGAUAAGCGUAAUAAACAACAGGAAGAAUUUAAAAACCAGAAGAAAGAAGAAAAUGACCGAAUAUAUAAAUGCUUAGCUGAUAAUUUAACAUCCUUAACGUCAAACACAUCGAAAAAAAUGGAAAUACAAAACAAACUUAUACACGAACAACACCGAAGUACCACUUUGUCGGCAGAGAAAAAAGAGAACGAUCUGAAAAUUCUGAAACGGGACAAUAUUUUGAAGCAAAAUGAAAUGCAAAUAAACAUUAAAAAAGAGAAGGAGAAAGCAGAGAAAGACAAAGAUUUUGCUCUGGACAAAAUGUUAUUGAAAAAGAAUCAAAUAUUUAACGAGGAAGAGGAGAAAAAAAUUGCUGAAAGACGACAACAAAUGAUCAAUUAUGGAAAAGAAUUAAAAACUUCGAUCGAUCUGAGACAAAAACAGAAAAAGGUUGUGAUGAACUACGAAUAAAUGGACCACAUUUUUGACGCCUAUUUAAAAAUGGCAGACAUGAAAAAAGAACAGAUAACUAUUGUUAAACAACAUAUGGAAAAUCUCGCAGGAUUUUUCCCACCAGCCGCAAGAGAUCAAUAUAAUAUGAAAUAA